GCCGAGAUCGCCGCGUGCAGGGAGGAGACCGCGGAGACGAAGCGGAAGCGGAUCGAGCUGGAGGAGUUCGUGGAGCAGCGCCAGCUGCGGGCGCAGCUGCUGGUGCACGCCGUCGCGGAGCUCAGGGGCGACCUGAAGCGCGAGCAGACGCUCUCCGGAGAGGCCGGCGUGGCUGGCGCCCCCGCGCCCAGCCCGGAGCCCGCCGCCUCGCCGGACCAGGUGGAGGUCAUCUCCUGA